AUUAUGUUGUUUAUGAAGCAUUAAGGAAAUAAAUUCCAAUUUUACCAGGGUACAUAACGCGUAGAUACCGAGAAAUUAAUCAGUCAACUUCUCACCUGACCAUAUUGAAAUCUUUUAGAUGAAUGAAAGUGGUAUUGGCGGAACUCCAAGUUUGAUAUCUAUUCAGCCUCCAGCAUUUCGCUUUAAUUUACAAAGGAAAGGCUUUAUGGCCUUUUUCUACAAGGUCUAGGAAAGUACAAAGCGGUACUACAAUACGAGCAAUACAAGAACAAUAGUAAAGCCAUGCCACUGAGAAAAGAUACUCAAAUUCGAUUUAGAGUCGUGGCUCGAAACGAGUUCUUUAUUUUACUGCUGUACGCUUUGUGACUUCGUUCAAAUUGUGCCGAUGCAAAUCGAAGUCCGAAUCUGUUCUUCAGAGCAAGGUGAGGCCAAGUGCGAGAGGCGAUAAUCUCUUCUUUGUGAACAGAGUGAAAGAUGAGCUGGCGUAGAGUUUGGUUGGCCCUUUUCCUUGGUUGCUUGUCGCUGUUAUUCUGCUGCGCCGAGGAAAAGGAGAUAACAGACGAGAUGAGAAAGAGCAUGGAGGAAGCAAGAAACCUUUCACUUUUUAUAAAUAACGUGAUAAGAAGGCACCCAAGGAACGUCAGACCUAACGCCGGGGGUGAGAAAGUGAUGGUUGAUAUCGAAUUCAAAGUCAUCUCGUUUGGUGAGAUAAAGGAAGCCAAUAUGGAAUAUUCAUUGGACAUAUUUUUCCGACAAUGGUGGUACGACUCCCGCUUCGCCCAUAACUAUAGCAUGCCGUUUACGAUGGCAGCAGACCCUACAGAGCUAUUCUGGACGCCAGAUACUUACUUCUGGAACGUGAAAAGUGCUAACUACCACAGGGUGACCAGAGAAAACAUGAGAGUCAUGAUUAACCCGGAUGGGAAAAUAUAUUUCAGUGCACGAAUAACGUUAACUUGCCAGUGUGAGAUGGAUCUGCACCUCUAUCCUCUAGAUACCCAAGAGUGUCCACUCAGGAUAGAAAGCUACGCACACACUGUAGCGGACGUGGACUAUCGGUGGAAAGGCGGGGAAACACAAGGAGUUGAGAUAGUGUCGGAGGAAAUGGCACAGUUCGACUUACUUGGAGUCAGAACAGAUACCAAAAAGUCGACAAAUAGUAAAGGAGCUUUCGCCAGUCUUAAAGCCACGUUCCGUUUUCGCCGGCGGAUGGACUUCUACCUAUCUUCUAUCUACGUACCGGAAGUGAUCCUGGUUGUAUUAUCAUGGACAACAUUUUUCAUCACACCUACAGCCGUCCCGGCACGCACUGCGCUCUCUAUAACUACUAUCCUCACGACAAUUCUUUUAUCAAGUUCUGUCAACUCUGGAAUGCCUAAGAGGGAAAAAGGCAAUGAAAUAAAGGGGGUGAGCUACAUGAAGUCUAUCGACCACUUUAUGUUGAUAUCCUUCGGAUUCAUCUUUGCUGCUUUAAUCGAAUACAUCAUAGUUUUGAACUCCCCGAGUCGAUUCACCAAGUGUUUUCCCAUGCUCUUCAGAACCUACUCGAUUCCCGAAGAAGCCCAGCUACACAAGUCAGACGGCAGUAUCGCCAAUCGUAAACCCGCCGAGCCUAGCAAGACCCACUGGAUCGAUCGCUUCUCACGCUACUUCUUUCCCAUUUCCUACAGUAUUUUUUUCUUGGCGUACUGGAUUCACUAUCAGAGUCAGCGCCAAUAAAACUUGCUUACUAGGAACACUAUCAGAGCCAGAAACAAUAACCUGCUUAAAGAAAAAAUACCAGAGCCAGCUCUAAUAACCUGCUUAAUAGAAACGCUAUCUGAGUUAGCGCCAAUAAACAUUGCCUACUCAAACUGCAAUCAGAGAAGGGGCAAACAGCCCCAAAGAGCCAAAUAACGGUUUGCUGAGAUUUUGUUAUGAUAAAGACUGACUAGACUGCAUAUCACAGAAGAUGAAAGCGCGGCUCACAGACGAAUAUGACUGCCAGAUAUGUCAGAGGAAUAAAGAGAUUUUUUCAUACAUCACAUAUAGGUGCAAACAAAAUACGGAAACAGUAGAUCACAAGAAAUCAGCGCAGAACAAUGAUUUUCCUAUCGAAAACAAGCAACGGAUGGUAUGCGCUAUGUAGAAGGUGAACCUUUAAUUUUUUUAGCAUGUUACUGCAGAAUAUGGGCAAGAGUUUCUUGCUUCUUAAUAUUAAAAAGGUUCGCACCGGACAAUAAAUGUAAAAUGUGCACAUAUUACAUAAUUUUUAUAAUUGGUAGUGAGAAUAUUGGUGAUACUAGAAAGCCAAAAGAUACUUUUAUUCUUUUUUUCCUUUUUUUCUUCAUAUUUCUUUUUUCUUUUUUUUCUUUUCUUUAUUUAGAGUUUCUAGAUUAAAUGACGAAUAAAAAAAUGUACGAUAUUGGGGUGCAGAGGCUUUGUGAAACCUUAGGUCGAACCUAAAUCACAAAAAAAUUUAAUAUGCAAAUUUAUUAUUUUAUAAAUAUAAACGAUUUUAUUGAGCUACUUCAAGUAACGUGUUUUAUAUGAAAAAAAAAAACAUGAAUAUGUUAUGUGUGCGCUGUAGGUAUAUGCUGGAUUUAAAGUAUGUGACGAGUGAGGCUUUUUUGUAAAAAAUACCUUACAUAUCUGGCUCCAUAAGGACAAGCUAAUAGACCGAAGCCGCUCGUAACCAACUUAUUAACAGCAUAAAACCUGUCAAAUUUUUCUAUCAGGCUCAUUUAUCGAGAGAAUAUGAGAAGUUAUCAAAGUUAGCAAAGGGCUGAAACCAAUCUGUGUGGCUGAACAUUGCAGGGGGUAAUAAAAAUAAAAACCGCU